CGUCGACGUCACCCCGAUUCCAGUGUGUUAUGGCCGUUUGCGCAGAAGGGGAGAGUUGUGCGUUUAAUUUUUGGGGGGAGGAAAUGAACCUGUAGGCAGGAGGGCUCGGAAUGGCGGUGACCCAGUUGUCUCGGCUGGUUGUCAGGUCGUUAGCAGUUCGCAAAACUUCCCACAGGACUUACAGCAAGCUUCAACUGUCUCCAGCUUUGACAGAGCGACUGCGGGUCUUUGAGUCUUUCAGGGAAAAACGAGACCGGAGGAAGGGAGCUGAAGUGACAGAAAAACCUCUCACCAUACGCCUGUUGGAUGAGCACACAGUGAAGGGAAAAGCUGGUGUCACUACACCGCUCUUAGUUGCACAGAGUCUGAGGCUGAAAGGAGCCUUGGUGAGCAAAGUUAAUGGGGAGCUGUGGGAGCUGGGGCGCCCUUUAGAGGAAGACUGUGAACUACAGCUGCUGGGAUUCGACACAGCUGAGGGAAAAAAGGCAGCAUGGAGGACGGGGGCGUGUGUCCUUAGCGGUGUGUUGGAAGGUGUGUUUGGUGCUGAGGUGUGCAGAGAAGGAGCAUCGGAGUUUGGGCUUUUCUGUGACCACGUGUUGAGCAACAGCUCCUUCUCUCUGAGCGAGGUGGAGGCGAGGUGUAAAGACGCUGCCGCGCUCAAACUUCCUGUGAUCGGGUUGGAGCUGAACCCACAGGAGCUCGGUGAACUUUUCCAGGACAGUAAUCUGAGACUGCAGCUUGUUGAAGAGCCGAUGAGUGGCUCCACUCUGACAGUGUACAGGUGUGGAGACAGUGUAGCGGUGUGUAACGGCCCCCUCCUCCCUCACACAGGCUUCCUGAAAGUCUUCAAGAUGCUGCAGAUGUCCUCCGUCACUCUGACCAGUCACACGGAGCCCUCAGGUUUAUCGCGUCUGCUGGGUGUGGCGUUUCCAGGAGAAGAGGACAGGGAGGAGUGGGAGAGGGAGCAGGAGGAGACGAGGAGGAGAGACCACAGGCGCAUAGGAACAGACCAGGAGCUCUUCUUCUUUGAUGAAGUCAGCCCAGGAAGCUGCUUCUUCCUCCCCAAAGGAGCCCACAUCUACAACACGCUCACCGACUUUAUUAAGAGCGAGUACCGAAGGCGAGGCUUCACCGAGGUUGUGACCCCGACUCUGUACAGCACUGCAUUGUGGGAGCGCUCGGGCCACUGGGAGCACUACAGCGAGAACAUGUUCACUGUGACGUCGGAGGACUCUCAGACCUUCGCUCUGAAGCCCAUGAACUGUCCUGCUCACUGUCUCAUGUUUGAGCAUCGAGUGCGCUCGUGGCGGGAGCUUCCUCUGCGAUGGGCCGACUUCGGGGCGCUGCAUCGUAAUGAGCUCUCUGGGGCUCUGGGAGGCCUGACUCGGGUCCGCAGGUUCUGUCAGGACGAUGCUCACAUCUUUUGCGCUCCUGAGCAGCUGGAAGAGGAGAUUGUGGCUUGUUUGGACUUUGUGCGGAGCGUCUAUCAAGUGUUUGGGUUUUCCUUCCACUGCCUGCUCUCCACACGCCCUACACCGUGCCUCGGGGAGCCUGAACAGUGGGACAACGCGGAGCAGCAACUAAUGAAUGGUCUGCAGCAGUUUGGUGAACAUUGGAAGCUGAACCCUGGAGACGGAGCUUUUUACGGCCCAAAGAUUGACAUCCUGAUUAAAGACGCAAUCGGCCGACAACACCAGUGCGCCACAAUCCAACUGGACUUCCAGCUGCCGAUCAGAUUCGACCUUCAGUACGUCGGACAAGAUGGAGUGUCAUGCAGACCAGUGAUGAUCCACAGAGCUGUACUGGGAUCACUGGAGAGAAUGAUUGCCAUCCUGGCUGAAAACUUUGGAGGAAAGUGGCCACUGUGGCUGUCUCCAGCUCAGGUGAAGGUGAUUCCUGUAGGGGGCAGCAGUGAGUCAUACAGCAGACAGGUGGUCCAGCAGUUCUGUGAAGCUGGCUUCAUGGCUGAUAUGAGAAACGAUCAUAGCGCAACCUUAAAUAAGAAGAUUCGCGCCGCUCAGUUGGCUCAGUACAACUACAUAUUUGUGGUGGGCGAUAAGGAGCGUGAGAGUGGGACAGUGAAUGUCAGAAGCAGAGGGGGUAAACAACUUGGCAGGAGGCUGACAGAGGAGGUGCUCAAGUCUCUUAAACAUCUACAAGACACCAGGAGCAACCUGGACGAGUUCUGAUGAAUUUCUGUAACAAAUGUUUGCUUUAAAU